AUGAGUUCAGAAAAGUCCGGCUCUCGCCGAAAACCUGAUCCUGCUGGAAAUAAAAUUGGUAGAAGGCUUUCUCCAACAAAUAUUACCGAUUCAGGAAUAGGUGAUGAUUCUCCAAAUCAUAUAGUGUACAAAAAAAUGGAGCAAAUUGUUGAAAAAAUGCAGGAUGAGAACUCUGGUGUACCUGUAAAAACUGUGAAAAGCUUUAUGUCUAAAAUUCCUUCCGUUUUCACUGGAGCUGAUCUUAUACUGUGGAUGACAAAAAAUUUAGAUGUAGAUGAUCAAGUAGAAGCUUUACAUGUUGCUCACCUAAUGGCUUCCCAUGGAUAUUUUUUCCCCAUAGACGAUCAUGCUUUAACUGUUAAAAAUGAUAAUUCAUUUUAUCGCUUUCAAACUCCUUACUUUUGGCCAUCAAAUUGUUGGGAACCAGAAAAUACAGAUUAUGCUGUUUAUCUGUGUAAAAGAACAAUGCAAAAUAAAACGCGUUUAGAACUGGCAGAUUAUGAAGCGGAAAAUUUGGCUCGUUUACAAAAAAUGUUUUCCAGAAAGUGGGAGUUUAUAUUCAUGCAGGCAGAAGCUCAAAGUAAAGUUGAUAAAAAAAGAGAUAAACUAGAAAGGAAAGUAUUAGAUAGUCAAGAGAGAGCAUUUUGGGAUGUUCACAGACCAAUGCCUGGAUGUGUUAACACAACAGAGUCAGAUAUAAAAAAAGUCUGCAGGAAAAUAACUAAAGUGGAAAGUAAUCAAAGUGGAAUAGAUUCUCUGAAAAAUCAAAUUUUAUUUCUUAAAAGUCGUUUGGAUAGAAGAAAUAUUAAAGUUUCAAAAGUGGCUGAAGCGCACAUAAAUUACCAUGAGCAAUAUGCAGAGUAUGACCCAUUUUUCAUGCCUCCUGAAUUGAGUAAUCCAUGGAUUUCUGAUUGUCCAGAUUUAUGGGAGCAAGAAAAAAAUAUUAAAGAAUUGUCUGCAAGAAGAGUUAAAAGAUGGGCAUUUAGUUUGAAAGAAUUGCUUCAAGAUCCUGCUGGCCGUGAUCACUUUCUGAGUUUUUUGGAAAAAGAAUUUAGCGGAGAAAAUUUAAAGUUUUGGGAAGCGGUACAGGAAUUUCAUACUUUGCCACAGAAAAAAGUUGCCGAAAGAGCGAAAGAAAUUUGGGCAGAGUAUCUUGCACCGGAUGCAAGUUCGCAAGUUAAUAUAGACUGCAGAUCAUACAAUCAAACUAAAAAAAAUUUAGAAGAUCCAAAUAGGUGGAGUUUUGAUGCUGCUGGUGCUCAUUUAUAUGAUUUAAUGAAACAAGACACUUACCAAAGAUAUGUCCGUUCUGAUUACUAUAAAGAUUUUUUAAACGGUACAAAAAAGAAGACGUCAGUAAAAGGAAUAAGAUCGAUCGUUUCAUUUUCGGCAAGAAAAGAUGUGCCAACGUGUUGA